GAAUGACAUUUCGCCGGGAUUUAGCUUCUCUUUCCCUCUGACUAUUGGAUUGGAAAGGAACUGAUCUAAUGACAUGAAGGGAAUUGCUGGAUAAAUCCAAACAUGGCAGCUGUACAUGCACUUGUAUUGUUUCACAUUGUCUUUGGUUUUUUGCACCAGAGUUUGGGUUUGAUUUCAGAUUACAAACUAUGUGGAGACCCCGAAUGUGAAAGCAUGAUAAGUCGGGUGCAAGCACAGAGAGACCAUAGUGCUAAAGACUGCCGCUUUCUAAACUUCAAAAAAGGGGAUAUCAUCACUGUUUACUACAAACUCACUGGAAAAAGAAAUGAUCUCUGGGCAGGAAGUAUGGAAAAGCUGUCUGGAUUGUUCCCAAAGGAUGCCAUCAAAAUUGAUCAACUGUUUAUUGAUGAGAAAAAGGAAAUCCAGGUGCCGACCCAGGAGUAUGACUUCAUCUGCUUUGAUGAAAAAGGUUUGGUGAUUGAGCAUAGCACUGAAUUUGAGGAUCUGGAAGAUUUGUCACAAGAAACACAAGAAACCGAUCUCAAUGAAGUCCGAGAUAAACCUACUGAAACAGAAGAGCGUGAACCCAGCCAGAAUUCUGUUCAAGAUGUUUCUGAUCAAAACACCCCAGAGACAACAGAAACAGGUGGGUCUUCUUGGAUAGGCUCUGCUGUUAAUGGAUGGUUUGGCAGGAAUGAACAAAGCAAUGAUGAACCACAGGAUGAGAGCAGUGAAGAAUCCUUCAAAAGCAGGAAAAUAGUCAUGGAUAUUGAGGAGAACCUCAUGGAAGAGAAGACAAACUCUGGAACUUUUGGCUGGAUCAGUGGUGAACUCACCAAUGCUUUUGGGUUUGGAAACAAGGAGCUAAAAACUGAUGCUCAGGACAAUAUUGAGAACCCAACAAAUGAUGAAGAUACCUCAUCUCAGCAGUCUAGCUCUUGGAUGAGCAUGGGUAGAGAUGUCUUGGGCUUUAGUGAAGAAAACACUGAUGCUGCAACUAAACCUGAAGCUGAGAAAGAAGAUGAAAACACAAACAUGGAGGACCAGAGCACUUUGAACCCCAGUCAGAACAUGGAUGUGGCUGACAACAUACAGGGAGAUGAAAACACCCCAGAUGACAUUGCAGAAAAUAAUGACAGUUCCUUGGACGACAGGAUAACAGAAAAUGAAAAAGAAGAGAAACAGGCAGGGUGGUAUGGAAAUAUGUACAACAGAAUUACAAACCUUUACAAAGAAGAUAAUGAAGGCAAAGCAAGUGUGUCAGAAAACCCUGCAUCUGCUACCAGUACUGAGGACAAAACCAAAGAGUCAGAAUCAAGUUCACAGUCCAUAUUUUCAGUCAGUGGCCUGAAAUCAAUGCUUAAGCUUCCUUUUCAGGAAGAUACGGUAGUAACGAAAGAUGAGGAAAAGACAGAAAAGGAGGAAGAUACACGUAAAGAAGAGAUACAACAUAAUAAUAUGGAUCAAGAAGAAGAAAUGCUGAUUGAUAUUGAUGAACAGGACUCGAACCAAAUAGACACUGAUGUACUUGCAUCUGAUGAUGUCAAACAACUGGACGAAGAAUCUAAUAUGACAGAAGACAGCACAGAUUCACAAAUUCUUGAGGAAAAUUCAGCAGAUAAUUUAAAUGAAGAAGUUAAAAGUGAAAACAAAGCAGAUUUUUUUGAGGAAAAGGUGGAGCAAGAUGCGAAAGAUGUGCAAAGUGAUGAGGAAAAGACAGGAAAGGAAGAAGAUCCAGGUAAGAAAGACUUUGAUGAGGAACAAGAAGAUAAAAUGUUGACUGAUUCUGAUGAACAGGAAUCAAACCAAAUAGACAUUGACAUACUAAAUGUAACUCAGUCGCUGUCUGAUAAAACAAUGACUUUGCAAGAUAGCAUUGCAUCUGAUAGCACUGAACAACUAGAUGUAGAAUCUAAUAUGAUGGAAGAAAGCAUAGAUUCACAAAUCCUUGAAAAAAAGUCUGUAGAUAAUAUAAAUGAAGAAGUUAAAUGUGAAAGCAAUGCUGAUUUUCUUGAGGGAAAGGUGGAACAAGAUACGAGAGAUGUGCAAAGUGAGGAAAAGACAGUAAAGGAAGAAGAUCCAAGGAAGGAAUAUCUUGACGAGGAAAAAAAUAAUAACAAGGAUCAAGAAGAAAAAAUGUUGAUUGAUAUUCAUGAGCAGGACUCAAACACAAUAGACACUGACGUAUUUAGUGAAACUCAGUCGCUGUCUUUAAAGGAAAGCACUGCAUCUGAUAGCACUGAACAACUAGAUGUAGAAUCUAAUAUGACAGAAGACAGCACAGAUUCACAAACCCUUGAAAUCAAGUCAGCAGAUCAUUUAUAUGAAGAAGUUAAAAGUGAAAACAAUGCUGAUUUUAUUGAGGAAAAUAUGGAUCAAGAUAUGAGAGAUGUGCAAAGUGAGGAAAAAUCAGGAAAGGAAGAAGAUCCAGGUAAGGAAGAUUUUGACAAGGAACAAAAUAAUCACAAGGAUCAAGAAGAAAAAAUGUUGGUUGAUAUUCGUGAGCAGGACUCAAAUGCAAUAGACACUGAUGUAUUUCGUGAAACUCAGAUGCAGUCUGAUAAAACAAUGACUUUAAAAGAUAGCAUUGCAUCUGAUAGCACUGAACAACUAGUUGUAGAAUCUAAUAUGAUGGAAGACAGCACAGAUUCACAAACCACUGAAAUCAAGUCAGCAGAUAAUUUAUAUGAAGUUAAAAGUGAAAACAAUGCUGAUUUUAUUGAGGAAAAUAUGGAUCAAGAUACGAGAAAUGUGCAAAAGGAGGAAAAGACAGGAAAGCAAGAAGAUCUAGUUAAGGAAGACUUUCAUGAGGAACAAAAUAAUUUCAAGGAUCAAGAAGAAAAAAUGUUGAUUGAUAUUAAUGAGAAAGUCUCAAACCCAAUAGACACUGGCAUAGUAAGUGAAACUCAGUCGCUGUCUGAUAAAACAAUGACUUUAAAGGAAAACAUUGCAUCUGAUAGCACUGAACAACUAGGUGUAGAAUCUAAUAUUAAAGAAAACAGCAUAGAUUCACAAAUCCUUGAAAUCAAGUCGGCAGAUAUUUUAAAUGAAGAAGUUAAAAGUGAAAACAAUGCUGAUUUUAUUGAGGGAAAGAUGGAUCAAGAUACGAGAGAUGUGCAAAGUGAGGAAAAAUCAGAAAAGGAUGAAGAUCCAGGUAAGGAAGAUUUUGAUGAGGAACAAAAUAAUCACAAGGAUCAAGAAGAAAAAACGUUGGUUGAUAUUCGUGAGCAGGACUCAAACACAAUAGACACUGAUGUAUUUAGUGAAACUCUGAUACAGUCUGAUAAAACAUUGACUUUAAAAGAAAGCAUUGCAUCUGAUAGCACUGAACAACUAGAUGUAGAAUCUAGUAUGACAGAAAACAGCACAGAUUCACUAAUCCUUGAUAUCAAGUCUGAUUUUAUUGAGGAAAAUAUGGAUCAAGAUACAAGAGAUGUGCAAAAUGAGGAGAAGACAGGAACGCAAGAAGAUCCAGUUAAGGAAGACUUUGAAGAGGAACAAAAUACUUUCAAGGAUCAAGAAGAAAAAAUGUUGAUUGAUAUUAAUGAGAAAGUCUCAAACCCAACAGACACUGACGUACUAAGUGAAACUCAGUCGCUGUCUGAUAACACAGUGACUUUAAAAGAAACCAUUGCAUCUGAUAGCACUGAACAACUAGAUGUAGAAUCUAAUAUGAAAGAGAACAGCAUAGAUUCACAAAUCCUUGACAAAAAGUCUGCAGAUAAUUUAAGUGAAGAAGUUAAAAGUGAAAACAAUGCUGAUUUCCUUGAGGGAAAGACGGACCAAGAUACAAGAGAGGUGCAAAGUGAGGAAAAGACAGGAAAGCAAGAAGAUCCAGUUAAGGAACACUUUGAUGAGGAACAAAAUAAUUUUAGGGAUCAAGAAGAAAAAAUGUUGAUUGAUAUUAAUGAGAAAGUCUCAAACCCAAUAGACACUGAUGUACUAAGUAAAACUCAGUCGCUGUCUGAUAAAACAAUCACUUUAAAUGAAAACAUUGCAUCUGAUAGCACUGAACAACUAUAUGUAGAAUCUAAUAUGAAAGAAAACAGCAUAGAUUCACAAAUCCUUGAUAAAAAGUCUGCAGAUAAUUUAAGUGAAGAAGUUAAAAGUGAAAACAAUGCUGAUUUCCUUGAGGGAAAGAUGGACCAAGAUACAAGAGAGGUGCAAAGUGAGGAAAAGACAGGAAAGCAAGAAGAUCCAGUCAAGGAAGACUUUGAUGAGGAACAAAAUAAUUUCAAGGAUCAAGAAGUAAAAAUGUUGAUUGAUAUUAAUGAGAAAGUCUCAAACCCAAUAGACACUGACGUACUAAGUGAAACUCAGUCGCUGUCUGAUAAAACAAUGACUUUGAAGGAAAACACUGCACCUGAUAGCACUGAACAACUAGAGGUAGAAUUUAAUGUGAAGGAAGACAGCACAGAUUCACAAAUCCUUGAAAUCAAGUCAGCAGAUAAUUUAAAUGAAGAAAUUAAAAUUGAAAACGAUGAGGUUUUAGAGGGAGUUGUUGAGCAAGAUGCGAAAGAUGUGCAAAGUGAUGAAGAAAAGACAGGAAAGGAGGUAAAUUCAGGUAAGGAGGACUUUCUUGAGCAACAGAAUGUGAAAGACGAAGAAAUAUAUGAGUCUGUCAAACAAGAAUCAACCACAAAGGAUGUUCAUCAGGCUUCAUCUGAUGAAACAAUGAUUUUAAAAGACAGCGUUGCAUCUAAUGACAUUACAGAUAUAGAUGGCUUUUCUAAAGAAUCUAACACCCAACAUAGUGAUGACGUUACGUCUGCAAAUAAUACAACUGAUGAAGUUAUUCAGAGCGAAAACAACUUGACUGAUUCAGUUGAUGACAUUUUAGAAGGCACGUUGACACAAAGUCCAUCUGAUCAAGCCAAUUUAGAUACUAUCAAACAGCAAGAAAAUUAUUCUAAUGAAAUUAGCACAGAUCCUGUAACUGGUGAGGAUACAUCUAAACUGUCAGAGUCAGAUAUUCAGACAGAUACUGAGUUACAUUAUGAAAAAACACAAGAAUCAAAUGUUGCAGAUUUGAACGCUGACUCACAUAUUGAGAGUGUCAAAACUGAUCAAAGCGUAAAUGCAGAUGUGAAUUCUGAACUGACCUUGGAUGCAUUCUCAGAAAAUAAUAAAGAAAAACAAUUAGCUGAAGGCGACCAAGGUAUAUUGAAAGAAAAUGAUGAGUUAGUUUUGAACAGAAAUGAGGCACAAUUAGAUGAAGCAUUACCAAACGAUAUCACAUUUCAUGAAGAAAAGUUACCAGAUUCAGAAGCACAUGCAACGCCAAUGAGCAAUGAGCAAAAAUUGGACACAAACAUAAAUCCCCUUGAUGAAAGAUCUUCUUAUAUUCACACUCUUGUAACUAGUGAAGAAACCCUGCAUUCAGAGCUUGAGUCAAAUUCAGCCCUAAACAUCACAGAUUAUAACUAUAAUGCCAGGGAAUCGCAUCAUGAAUCACUGGUGAUAGAAAACUCUAAGGAUACUGAUUCAGUAGGUAAAAAUGACAAUGAGGUUGUAGUUCAUGAAGAGCAAGAGGAAUCAGGAACAGUUUCUGAACCUACAGAGAAUUAUUUUGAAACAAAAGAGAAAGAGGAUGACACACAAAUCACAAAUGAAUCUCUGACACAGGAAACACAAGCAAAAAGCCCAUUGCUAAACACAUCUGAUGGAUCUGGUGAUUUAAAAGACGGUAGUCACGAUCUCAGUUCACUAAAACAUGGAGACAUUGAUAAUAUUCCUAGCGCCAUGACUGAAGACCCAGAUGGCUAUAGAACUUCCACAGAAACAGAACUGACAAAUGAUUUCUUCUCAAAGAAUGACUCAGUUCAGGACGAAAAUAUUAAUAUCAUGCAUGAUCAAACUCAAAGUGCUGAACACAAAGAGGAGACUGACACAGCAAAUAAUGAGGAUCGUCAAACCGAUUCAGAAAGUGUCAAGCGAAGGGAGGAAAGUGACACGGGUGCCAUCUGGGAUCAAAGAGAUGAUGGUGACACAGCGGUGAAGUUAGAAGAUAAGAAAAAACAUGGUAAUGAAAAACAACCUGGAAACCCUGAAAUUCAAGACAAAAAUACUGUCAGUCAUCCUACAGAAACCUCUACGGAAUAUGCAAACUUAUAUCCUUAUCUGAGCAAACAGGUUAUUGAAGAUCUUUUAGAUUUAUUUGGAGACCAGAAGUUAUCAUGGCUGGAUUCCAAAAUGGGAAACACAAAUGCAGGUCAAGAUAAUGAUGUCCUUGAUGAACUUGAUGACAUUGAACAGCUGUUGGAAUACUAUAUGAAGAUGAACACAAAAUUGGGACGUAUUCAACAAGAUAAUGGUGUUCCUGGCAAGGAUAAUACUAAAGAAUAUUCAGCACUACAAAAACUGUUUACCCUCUUAUCUUCUCUAAGAAAGAAAUACUCACCAGUGAUAACAGAUAACAGUGUAGAAAGCCCAGGGGUCAGAGAAGAUGACUGCAUUCAUGAAGCAUGUCUUGAUGUGAAUAAGAAUACACAACAGAUGAUCUCCACAACAGAGGUUGAAAACAAUCAAGUUUCUGGAGACACAUCUGUCUUGGGCAAUCCUCAAAAUGAGCCAGUCUUUGAAGAAAAGGACCUUUCGGGAAUCACAGAUAAUGUGGAGGAUGUUCACACUGAUGAGCAGGAAAUAAGAAAGCAUGAGGAUUGGGCAUCUUCUGAAACCAAGAAAACUACUUUCCAAAACGAUGGUCUUAUCUCUGAGGAGCAUAUUGAAGCACUGAACGGUUUAAGGCAAUUUUAUCAGAUGGCAGUUUUUGUUGAAGUCACAAUUAAUGAAAUUGCAUCUAUAGUAGACAAGGUUGUGUCAUCACUUCCUGAUGAUAUCCGGCCUGGUCCUGACUUAUAUGGACUGCCAUGGGAAGCUGUGGUUUUCACUGGAUUUUUAGGUUUACUCACACUGCUUCUGUUCAGCUGCAGGUUCAUUCAUUCUAUCAAAAGUCGACUAUAUGCAAGUAAAGAGAAGCAAAUGGCGCAGAAAGUGGCUGAACUGCUUGAUGAAAAGUGCAAAGUGCUGGAGACAUUCAGUGAGGUUAAACAGAAGUUUGACAAACUAGAGUCCACACUACAGAACAAUGGCAUGUCUGCACAAGCUGCAGAAAAAGACAGUUUAGAGGUGGCGUCACAGAAGCUUGAACAAUCAAAUGCACAAAUGAAAAAGGAAAUAGAGAGGCUGCAAGAAGAGCUGUCCCAACAAAACAAAGCAAGAAAACAGCAAGAGGAUCAGCUUGCUGAACUCGAGCAGAUUUUAAGAAAUUUAGAAGAGGAAGCUAAAGAACGAAAGUCUCAGUUAGAACAGGACAACACAACACUGAAGAUCCAUGAGAUCAACACAGAGCGACUGCAGAAAAACCUGCAGGCGGCCAAAGAAGAGCAUGCAAUGCUGCUUGAGAGUAAAGCACAGCUGGUGCAGGAAGCAGAGGACUGGGGUGAACGUCUCGGUGAGCUGGAGGAAGAGAUGAAAAUGUGUGAAAGGUCUCAUACUGGCAUGCUGGAGGACUGUGCUAAUAAAGAUGAUCGCAUCAAGUCACUGACUGAGUGCCUUUUGAAGAUGCGAGAUUGGGAUUCGGAGGACGAGAGCUGCGUUGAUGGCAGCACUAAUACAGCUGGAGCUGAGAAUGGAGACAGUUCAGAUUUCCGUCAAAAGCAAAAAGUACAGAAACUUAUCGAAGCAGCCAAGAUGAGUGCAGACUUGAAGUCCAUGGAGGAGGACAAGAACAGAGUGUUCGCCAAACUCGCAGAUGAAAUUAAAGCCAAAGAAGAUCUCCAAGAGGGGAUCAAACAGCUUGAGGAGCAGAAGGAGGUGUUGGAAUCCGAGAGUGCCAACUAUGCUAGUGAAAGCCAGAAACUCCAGCAGAAACUCCAGAUCAUGACAGAGAUGUACCAGGAGAAUGAACUCAAACUACACAGGAUGUUAACAGUAGAAGAGAAGGAGCGCUUACAAAAGGAGGAGAAGCUCAACAAGGCAGGCAAAAAGAUCAGUCUUGCUGCAGAGGAGCUCAACACUUACAGACAACGAGCCAAAGACCUAGAGGAAGAACUGGAACGGACUUCACAGGCCUACAAGAAUCAGAUUGUUUCUCAUGAGAAAAAGGCUCAUGAUAACUGGCUAGCUGCAAGAGCAGCGGAUCGAGACCUGGCUGAUGUCAAGAGAGAAAACGCUCAUCUCCGCCAGAGGCUGACUGAUUCUCAAUUCAAGUUUGAGAUUCUUGAAAAGGAUGUACGAGAGGGCAGACCUUUAUUUAGAGGUGAAAGAUCUCCAUAUGGACCCUCUCCUCUUAGCCGACCAUCUUCAGAAACGCGAGCCUUCCUGUCUCCUCCUACACUAAUGGACGGACCCCCUCGACUCUCACCGCAGUUUAUGGGUCCAGGCAGAGCAUCCCGUGGCAUGGUAGAGCCCCCUAGUGGUGGGCCAGACUUUGAGCGGAGUGGCCCUCACUCUGAUAGUGGCUCACUGUCUCCCUCCUGGGACAGAGAACGCAGGGGCCCUCCUCCCCCUACAGGUCACCCUCUCCCAGAUCCAGGUUUGCCCUUUAAGAGGCCUCCUCCAGGUCCGUAUCCUAUGGGUCCUUUGCCUCCUAGACCUCCACUUCCUCCUGAGCCAUACUUUGCUGACAAAUCAGAUUCAUCAUUUCUAAGAAACAGUUCAUCCAUCAGUGAGAAUGAGAGCAGAGAAGGUCCUCACUCAAUGCCUGGUGACAUGAGAUUGCCCCCUGAUCCAGAUUCAAGAAUGGGGCCUCCUCCUGGUCCCCGGUUAAUGGGAAUGCCCCCACUGAUGGACCCCAGGGACCCACACUUCCCACCCAGGGGCCCAUAUGGACCUCCGGAGUUCUUUCCCCCUCGUGGGCCUGGUGGUCCCCCCAUAGGCAUGCGAGGGCCACUUCCCCCGGGAAUGUUUCCUAGAGCUCCAAUGCCGCUCCCUCAACAUAUGGGCUAUUUACCACCAAGACCUCAAUCUGACAGCUUUCCCCCGGGACCGCCACCCAGACCCUCCCCACCCGGCAGCGAGCAGCCCCCCAACCAGUCGCCCUCUCCUCAUGAUGUCAUCUGAUCUCCCACGCUCUCUUCCUCUCCGGCAAACUGUUUCCGACUUCCUGUUGUUGUGCUCAGGGGGUGUUUCCUUUGAUAAGUAACCGCAGUAGCCUUGUGGUUAUCUCUUACUUUUUGUCUUAGCUGAAAGCGCAAGCAUGGCAAAGGGUGCAGCACAUGCCACUGGUUAUAAUAUUAUGAAGAGGAAGUUGAUUUCUGUCUUUCAGGUACAGUGUAAGUGUGCAGCCUUUGUGAACCUGUAGGUAAACUGUAAAAAGUCAAUGAGACUGCCUUUUAACAGGAUUAUAGGUGCUCAGGUUUGUCAUGUUCUUUUUUUUUUUUUUUUUUUUUUUUUUUUAAUUGAAGGUAGUUGAUAAAAGGUCCUCAUAUUUGUCAAACUGUAUAUAUAGAAAGUCUGCUGAGUAUAUAUUGUGAAUAGGAUGCUGUUGAAACAAGACUUUGGUAACUAACUUGACAAAUCCUACAACUCAAUCCAGAGAACCGUCCACGUAGCUUAUAUAUUUAUAGUUUCCUCUAAUAACAACUCAUGCCUUAAAAAUAGGUGGUCUGAUGAUAUUAUGUACAUUAAUAAUAAAGA